AUGUCUGACGAAAUAAAAACUUUGGAUGAAUCCAGAGAAAGUUCAUCAAAUCAAAAUGGAAAUGAAAAUUCACCUUCAAAACGUGUAUUUAUUUUAACAUCUGAAAUGGUAAAACGAUUGGGACUUGAUGAAAAAAUAAAAAUAUUUAAAGAUAAAGUUAAAGUUGACACCAGUAUUAAGUCAGUGUCAGUAGUACAAAUUGAUAAGGAUAAGUCACAAUUGAUAAUACCUAAAACUUCCAAUGAAGAGAGUAAUUCUGAUAUUCAAAAUAAAUCACCAUCUAAUAGUGAAGGAUCAAAUGAUACCAAGGAUGUGAAUUCGGAUGUAUUACCUGAAAGUUCAGGAAAUGAUGUAGAAAAAAAAGAUAAAGAAACUAAUAAAAAAUCAAUUGUUCGUCAUGUGGAAACUCUUGAAAAACCAUUAAUUAUUCGGAGAAGUCCAAGUAAAAAUGGUAUUGUGGUAUUAAAAUCUCCAAAUGUCAGAAAUGAAAAUGAAAAAUUUUUACCAAAAAAUAAGUUAAAAGUUAUUGGAGAUCACAAAAAAGUUGUUAUUAAGCCAUCGGGAGUAAGAAAAUCUGGAGAGUUAGUUCCUAGAGGAUUAGAAAGGACUCUGACUAAUAAAGGUACUGGUACGACAAGUAACAAAACGAAAGUUGCCAACGAUGCUGCAAAUAGUACAGGUGAUGUAAUUUUUGUAGAUGCAAUAAAGUCUAAUAAAAAUGAUUCAUUGCAAGCAUUCAGAAGGCCAACUGUUACUUAUCGUAAAAUCAAUAACAGAAAAAAUUCGAAGAAAGCUGAUGAGUCAAGUGCUAAUUCAAAUCAACCACCUGGGUUAAAAGUUAUAAAAUUGUCAACGAUAAAUUCAAACGCAUCCAGAGACGCUAUUCUCAAUAGCAAAGAUCUAAUUCAACCACCAAUACAAGAAUUUGAAAAAUCAUUACAAGCAGUCAGUGCUGAAAUUGAAGACGUCAGUAGUAAAGAUACAAAUGCUUUAAAAAAUGAAAAUGAUAGUCUAAUUAAGAAGAAAAAACGAAAUCCACCUAAAAAAAAAAAAAUUCAAGUUAUUGAAAUUCUGGAUGACCCUUCACUUCCUAAAAAACGUGGUCGACCCCGAAAAUAUUUCACUAGAGAAUCUAUGGCAAAAUUAACAUCAUUGAAUCCCGAUGAACUGGAAAAUGAAUCUAAUGAAGAAUCAUCAAGUUCAGCUUUAAGUCAAAAUUUAGAUGAUCAGAAUUUAAAUAAAAAAUUGGAAGAUUCCAAUCCAAGCGAAAAUUCGGAAAUUUUAAACGUGAAACGAAAAUCAAUAGCCUCCAGUUUAAUUGAAAAUUCAAAUUUACUAAAUGGGACUAAACAAUUAAAAAUUUCGAAUAUAAAUGGAGAAACAGGAAAUUGUGAUUUAAAUGAAAAGUUGAAAAUUUCUAAUCAAAAUAAUGAAUCAAAUGAUAAAAAACCGAUACUUGAUGAUUCUAAAGAUACUGAAAAAAAUUAUGAGAGUAAUAAUAUUAAAGGUUCUGCGAAAAUUGAAAAUUUUUCAGAAACUAUUAGGCAUAAGAAAGAAGAAGUAGAGGAAAGUGCUGUCGAAACUCCUGUUAAAGUUCCUGUCGUGCGGAAAGGUCGAGGCCGACCCCGAAGAUCAGUUUUGACACCACCAACUUCAAUCGCAAAAGAAGUAGAAACAAAUCAUAUCAAUGAUACUAAUAACAAUGAUAAGGAUGGCGACGAAGAUGAUGAUGACAAUGAUAAUAACGACGACGACGACGACGACGAUGAUGAUGAUGAUGAUGAUGAUGAUGAUAAUGAUAAUGAUAAUGAUAAUGAUGAAGAUUAUUCAACUAGAUCUAAAAGGCGUAAAAGUAAAAGUAUUAAAAAAACAACUGACUGGUAUAUUAAGCCUGACGGUGGGAAAAAAUCAACGAAUCUGGGCAAAAAGAAGAAAAAAGAAAUGAAAAAUGAGGAGGUACAAUGUGGAAAAUGUAAUGAAAAAUUUUUAAAAUCAAGAUGGAGUGGUCAUAAUUUAUCAAAACAUAAUAAUACUGGAUGGUUGAACGGCAGCAAGGAACCAAAUAUCGAGGGUAAUGAAAAACUAUGGAAAAAAGUGCUGGGAAUUGCGAUUAAGAAGAAAAAAGGCUCGCUAAUUUGUGAUAAAUGUAAUGAAGUAAAGCGCAGUGUUUCGGGUUUUAUUUCUCAUUACAAAUUUUGUGGUAAAUCAGAAGAGGAAAAAAUCAAAAUGAUGUGGAUUUGUCCAUUAUGCAAAGGUGUAUUUAUGCCAUCGUCAGUAGAUUUUCACGAACGUACUCAUCGACAAGAAAUGACUGAAGCAGCAAAAAAAUCUGAAGCUGUCACCAUUAAUGAUGAUAUAAUUGACGGUAAAAGAAAACGUAAAGCAGCAGAGAAAGCAACAGGUAAAAUUUUAGAGUUUACUAAAAUUGUCAGAGAUGAACCGCCAGCAAAAAAACGUAAAACUAGUAAAUCAAAACUAGAUGAGUUAAUUGAAAAACCACUGAGUGCUAAAAAACUACCAAAUGUUUGGAAAGGCAAGUGGGCUAAAGAUAUCGCUGCUAAUAGACCAGCAAAAUGUCGUCAACCUAGUUGCACAUUUAGUGCGAACACUUUGGAUGAAAUAUGUGCUCACUUUCGUACGUGUAAUUUUACGCCUCAAACUGAAUAUAUUUGUAAAAUUUGUAAAUUUUUUUCAAAAUUUAAUGAUAUUAUUGUAAGUCAUGUCAAGUCGGUACACUCGGAUAAAUUAAAUUCUGAAGAUUCUGAUUUCGAUGUUAACGAACUUACCGAUGGAAGUGCUGAAAGUGAUCAUAAUAAUUAUGAAGAAUUCAAUGAGGAUGUUGACAAUCCUAAGAAUGAUACAAAAUCUGAUUCGAAAAAAGGUAGAUUGAAAGUAUAUGAUAAGCUUCGUCUGCUCACGCGAGCUAAAUUUUUACGAAAUGCUGAAAAUCUACCACCUAAUUCAUUAAACAUAACAUAUACUCCAUCAAUUAAAUGGACACUCCAAUUUGAGUUGGAUAAUUAUAAAUCAAAAUUGUUUGAAAAUUUAUUACCUAACAAUUUUAAUUUAUUAACAAAUUCUCAAGCUCAAGAUUAUCUUCCCGAGUUGAAAGUUUCUAUGAAAACUAAACAGAUGAAAAAUACUUCUCAAAACUUUGAGUUUGUAAGAAUAAAAAUAAUAAAAGAAGAAAAUUUAACCGAAGAAGAAAAAAGAGACAAAGGAUGGAAAAGUUUUAAGUUGUUUGAAUCCGCAGUUAUUAAUAAUGUGCCAACAUUUUUCGUUGGUGGUCCAGUUUGGGCAUUGGCGUGGUUACCAAUUCCUAUACCAAUGUAUGAUCCAGAAAUCAACCAAUAUCUUGCAGUCAGUACUCACCCUACAAUGGAAAACAAAUACCCCAUAAGUCAGUCUUAUAAAUUUAAAAACAUUAUUCAGAUAUGGAAUAUGGGGCAUUUAGAUCACGUAGCAGCCGCAACUCCAACUCCAAAACUUGCUUACAUAGUUACUCACAACAACGGAACUAUUUGGUGUAUGGAAUGGUGUCCAUCAGGAAGCUACCAUCAUUCUCUAUUGAAAAAUGAUAGCAUAUUUGGAGGAGGAGGAUCCUUGAAAAGAAUGGGACUCCUUGCUACUGCUUCUUCUGAUGGUAACGUUCAUAUUUAUUCUCUUCCAUUUCCAGAAGAAUUAAAUUUCAAUACAAGUGAUGACAAUGAUUUGCCAAUCUAUCAAACGGACCCAGUAGUAACUUUGCACCUCAAUAGACUUCUUAGUCAACAAAAUAAAGCCGAUUGGCAGUGCACAAGUUUGAGUUGGAGUAAAUUAUCUGGUCAUGAUACAAUUGCAGCCGGAUUUUCUAAUGGCUACGUCGCACUAUGGGACUUGAUCAGCAAAUCCCCGUUGUUGAUAACCAAAAAUGUAAACACCAUUCAUAUGAAUGCUUUUCAACAUUUUUAUGCUCAUGGACAUGCUGUUACUUAUGUUGGAAUUGUUCCAGUAAACGGAAAAAACUUUUUAGCAACUACAAGCUUGGAUAGGUGCACAAAAGUUUGGGAUUUAGAGGAUCCUUAUUAUCCUGUUGACAAUGUUAAGAAAGGCGCUGGGACCAAUGGUGCUUGGAUGACACACUGGUUAAAUACUUAUACUUCUUACGACGAUGCUCUUGGUCUGGGUCAUACCGUUUCGUACAUGAUGGCAGUCAGAGAUUCGUCUUCUGGUGUGUUUCCACUCCUACCUACAAAUUCAACAACUUAUGGCCUUGCAGUUUCUGAUUACGCUAAUGGAAUAUGUCAUGGUACUUUAGCUGGUGAUGUAACUGCUAUUUUUCCAUUUCAAUUAUUUUAUAUUAAAGAUAUUGAUAAACUUACUAAAAAAAGAUGGUUAGUUUCGAGUAUUGAACUUGUUGAUUUUGGAGAAAAUACACAAGGUGAAAAUAAUUCGGAAGCAAAUAUUAAUGAUAAUGAACAGGCAAAUGAUGUUAAAAAUAUGCCGGAAACUUAUGAUGCUUGUAAAGAUAGAUUUGGAAUUGUUUAUCAUGAUGAUUUAAAUAAUUAUAAAACUAAUUUGCUUAGAAAAAUAAAUCGACGUAAUCCAGUAAACUCCGAAACCAUGAACACUGUGCCGCUUGAACAAUAUCAAUUUACAUCAGUAAACAGGCUCGCAUGGAAUCAAAAUUCGUGGAGUUAUUUAUGGGUUGCAGCUGGUUAUCAAAAUGGAUUAAUAAGAAUUUUUAAUUUAAAAUCAAUGUCAGUCCAUAAUGCUGUGGGCAAAUUAUUACCUGACCAUGCUAAAUCAAUGAUGCAUAAAUUUAAUAAUGAACAAUCGUCGAGAGAAUCGUGA